AUGGGACCUUUCUUGCGCGCUUUUGAGACGCGCAAGUCCACAAUCGCUGCAACUCUCUAUACCACACAUUCAUUUACAAAACUUGGCAGAUCAUAUUAUGGGAAAAGAUGUUUAUACGAAUUCAGAGGUCCAGAAAAUGGUCACGAUAAGUCUCUGCCGGGAGAAUCGGACAUUCAAGAAGAGACCGGAGUCGAUCAAUCGGAGGAGGGGAAUGAGGCCACAAAUGAUGGAUUGCAAGCACCAAAACAUGAAUAUUGGAGAAGAUAUGAGAUAAGGAACAAAUUCCGAGAUGUGAAGACUUAUUUCAAAACGCCGGAAUGGAUGAUACCAGCAUGGAGUAAACCAGAAAAGUUAAAAGAUUGGUGGGUUGGAAAGCAUGCAACAGAGAAAUCCCAAAGUCAAGAAGCAUAUGGAGAUAUCUAUCCACUCGAAAUCCCGACAACAAGAGAAAAAAAUGAAUCGUCCAAUGAAUCUGACAUGGUCUCUGUUAUUCGAAAAGUUGGGGUUGGAUUACCCGUCAGUCUCGCCCAACGAAGAAUUCUCCUCAAGGAAGCAAAAAUGGUUCUUGGAUACAAAAAUGUGCUUAGAGCACUUCAAUUACGAGAUCCCCACGAACUUCUUAGAGUUUUAGUGAAACUUUCUGACGUGGAUAAUUUUGGCGUGAAUCACUCCCCUUUGCUGGAUAUUUCCCCAAAUACUUUCUCUGAAAUCCUGAGACUAUUGGAUCCCAAACAUUUUUUCGGAAGACAAAAACGGUUAUUGCAUAGUUUCAAGCACAAAGAAUUAUUGGAGAUGAGGAUUGAUACGGUCGAUUAUGAUGGAACCCAUCGCGCUUACACUGUUUAUCUUUGGCACUUGCAUCGAAUUAUUAUGAAACGCCAGAUUAGAUAUCCACUGUCCCUUUCCGAAUACAAGAUGCUUCUUAAAGCUGCAAAAUUUACAGGGCAUCAAGCAGUAGCGGAUUUAACAUGGAAGUCUAUGAUGUCUAAUCGGUAUCAGGUCAUGGGAAGCAGACAAGUUCUACCAGAUGUGGAAUGUUUUAAUUAUUACAUGGCUACUAUGUGUUGGUCAGAUAUUCUCAGUCCUUACCAUUCUGACAGAUUAAGAGUCAUUUCCCAUUAUAAAGAACUUCGUCAAUGGGGCGACAGACCUCAUCAGCUCAGUCGACACCGAAUAGGCCCGGAUGAUGGAGUCAGGAUUUCGGUCAGUCGACUAUUCCAAGAAAUGUCAGCUGUUGGCUUGAUGGGGAAUGAGGAGACAUUUUGCUUGUUGAUGGUCUCUGCGAGUCGGGAGGGAGAUCUUGUGACUGCUGAAACAAUUCUCAAACGGGUGUGGCAAAUUGACAUCGAAUCGAAGAGUAGUGAGGGUUCAAAACUCAAUGCACGCCUUCCGGAUUCUCCAUUACAUCCAUCUCAAAGAUUACUACGUACCAUCGCCCAUAUCUAUUGCAUAAACAACAAUUUACCAACGGCUAUGAAUGUAAUUGACCAAGUAUCACGGAAGUAUUCAAUCGAAAUUUCGAAAGAAACUUGGCAAGAUCUAUUGGAAUGGACUGCAGUUUUUGCUAAGAAACGGCCAAGUGCUGCUCAACGUGAAAGAGGUUUUGGCGAAGGAAUGCUACCUUCGGCCAGCAUGGACAGAGUUUGGGACAAUAUGAUUUCGGAACCUUACAACAUCAGACCUAAUAUUUCCAUGUACAAUAUUUACAUUCGCCACCUACUCUCUACCCGAAAAUUUGGAAAAGCCCAAGUACUCAUUGCUGAAGCUCAUCAACUACAUAAAGAAUUGGUCCGCCGAUCAAAUCAUUACAGAAUCCUAUACGAAAACAGUCUAACGCGACGAAAGACCGACUCUGUAGUGACAAGCAUCCGCCAAAGAGACUUCAUAUUCCAUCACUUCAAAUUGAAAAUUAGCAGGAUGUAUAUGCGAGAAUGGAUCAAUUAUCUCAUCUACCGACCAUCUCAAGUCCUCUCCAAAUACCACGCAAAAUGGGCAUUCCAAGAAGUUCCCGCCAUAAUCAAAAGAUACAAGACCUUCCUGCGAGGAGAAAUCACCUAUCAAACAUAUACAGGUCAUGUGUGUCUUCAGACUGGAAAACCCGAAGAAACUAAAUUGAGAAUAUGGAGAAGGAGAUACGGAGACACGAGUUCGAGAAGAAGACGAAGGAGAAAGUCUUUGGGGAAGCUUUUGAAGAAAAAAUCCGAAUUCAGAUAUAAUCGUGACAGAAUAGCCGCCGGGGGUCAGGUUCAUUUGGCCGCUAAGGUCGUACAAGAUCAUAGAUUUAUGGCUGGUCACUAG